AUGGACCAUUCGCCACUGCUGGGCCUGCAAGCGGAGGCCAUUUGGCUUUCACAAGCACGACGCUCCAAAGCCAAUGUGGUAAAGCACACUGCCGGCCCUGAGCGGAGCCACGGUCGGAUCGUGGCAGAGGACUUGAAGCAGGAGGCCUUGGCGCUGCGGCGCGCUCACCGUGCUGUGCGUGGACCGCACUCCCCGCCAAGGAACCUCACAGGCCAGACGAGCUCCAGCCAGCCAGGUCAAGAAGGCUUGGCCUCCGAAAAUUUGGAGGAACCUGUGGCCGAGAUGGAGGAGACGGCGGGCCGCUGUCCGGUUUGCGGAGGCGGCCGAGCAGGAGCUGACAGCCACGGGCGUACGGAGGAGCUUAAGGCGCAGCUAGAGGUGGUAGAGGAUCUUCUGGAAAAGUCCAGGUCGGAGGCUAACGAGGCGGCGGCGCUGCGCCGCCGGCUGUCCGCUGUGGAGUCGCGAGCUGCGGAGAUGGAGGUUGCCAGCUGCAUGGUGCUGCGGCUCUGUCAGGAGCUCUUUGUUGCGCUGGAACUUCAAAGCGCGGACUUCCAGCGCUAUGUGGACACCAUCCGAAGACAGAUAGGACCCUUCCUCGAGCAGGCCGCUUUGUUCGAGGCCGGUAGGAUUGAUUGCCUUCAGUACUUCCAGCCCAAAAGCGCGCGAGUUUCUGCUUCAGAUGCCAAGCAACAACUGACAGGCUGA